GCCAAAAGGAAGGUGAAAGAUGCUAAGGAAGAUAAAAGAAUUAAAGCCUGACUUUGCUUUGGAGCACGAAUCCUAGCAUGUUAUACCGCUGUGUCCUGUGCACCCUGACUCUUGCUGUGCUUGUUGCUGGGAAUGUCCAUCCAGAAUGUGAUUUUAUAGCAGAGCUGAAGAAAAAGGAGGCUGAAUGCCUGGAAAACUCAGAGGAGUCCAGGAAUGCGACAUCAGGUUGCAAGAAAACCUGGGAUAAAUUACUUUGCUGGCCAGAGGCAGAUGCUGGAGAGACUCUUGCCUUACCUUGCCCAAACAUCCUCUUUCACUUCAUGGAAGAGCCAGCUGGGAUAAUAAGAAGAAACUGCACAAAGAAAGGCUGGUCAGAGCCAUUCCCUUCCUAUCAUAUUGCUUGUCCAGUUGAAGAUGAGAUUCCACUUGAAGAACAAUCCUACUUUUCUACGAUAAAGAUAAUAUAUACCAUAGGAUACAGCCUGUCUAUUACCUCACUCGUUAUUGCUGUGACAGUUCUAAUGGCAUUCAGGAGGCUACGCUGCCCCAGAAAUUACAUCCACAUACAGCUCUUUUUCACUUUCAUCUUAAAGGCUAUUGCCAUUUUCAUUAAGGAUUCUGUCCUUUUCCAAGAGGAAGACAUUGACCACUGCAGUUUCUCUACAACUGAAUGCAAGAUCUCAGUUGUUUUCUGUCACUACUUCAUGAUGACCAAUUUCAUAUGGCUGCUGGUAGAGGCUCUUUACCUUAAUUGUCUACUACUCUCAUCCCUUUCUCAUGGAAGAAAAUAUUUCUGGUGGCUGGUUCUCUUUGGUUGGGGUUUUCCAACACUUUUCACCUUCAUAUGGAUAUUAGCAAAGUUCUACUUUGAAGACACAUCAUGCUGGGAUAUUAAUCAGGACUCUCCUUACUGGUGGCUAAUCAAAGGACCUAUUAUAAUUUCUGUUGGGGUCAAUUUUGUCCUAUUUAUCAACAUCAUCAGAAUUUUGCUGAAAAAACUAGACCCCAGGCAAAUCAACUUCAAUAACUCAUCUCAGUACAGACGCCUCUCAAGGUCAACUCUGCUUCUAAUUCCUUUAUUUGGAACCCAUUAUAUUGUCUUCAACUUUCUUCCGGAAUACACCAGCCUUGGCAUUCGGCUUUAUUUAGAGCUCUGCUUUGGAUCUUUUCAGGGCUUUAUUGUAGCACUCCUCUACUGUUUCCUUAACCAAGAGGUGCAAACGGAAAUUGGCCGGAGAUGGCACGGUAAGAGAUAUGGACUUAUGCCAGUUUGGAGAAGGACAAGAUGGACUGUGCCAACCAGUUCUGGAGUAAAAAUGAAUACAUCUGUGUGCUAAGGACAGCCUCAGAAUCUGGAGAAAUCAGAAUAAUAAGCAUGAUUAGGGAAAACAAACAACAGCAAAAAAAAUCUUAACAAUGACACUUUAUUGAGAGCAAAUUGGAGGAAGAUCCACAUCUGCAGAAAUUCUGCCCACCAGCUAUCUCUUACACUAUAAGUGCUGAAGUGAUGGAUUGACUGAUUUUCCAAUUAUAAUUACCCUCUCAUGGAUAAACCACUGCAACACACACUGCAGAUAUUGCCUCUUCUUCAUUCCCUGUCCGUACUCUCUUAUUAAUGAAUUGUGUAGCAUAAUGUGACAGGGAGUGGGCACCAGGAGCACCCUUCAGUGACACCAUAAAUGACCAUCUCUGGAAAUAAGUACUCAGUCUUCACACAAUGGGCGCAGGAGUCUAUUCAGCUUGUUCAAUAUUUGUUUUCUAUUUCAACUCUGUAGAGAUGCAAUGCCUUGUCAAGAAAUGAAAUGCCUUGUCAAACUGCAACACAUGACUAAAAACUUCUGUUUCUUCUUCUAUUCUCUAUUUACAUAAAAUAGUCUCAAUAUACAUGGCAAAAACAAAUAGACUCUCGUAUUCAAAUGUUAUUCCAGUAACUACAGAAGUCUUCUGAAAGCCAAAUAUCAGAAAGAAGAGGAAACAGCUCCAUAAGAAAUAACUGCUCUUUGCAAGAUAAUUCAAAAGAAAAGUAAUAAAUGUGUUCUGCACAGAAGAGAAGGGCUAGGAAUGUUGCUAAGUAUUUUCUCAUGUCUGACUGGUUGUGCUCACCACUGUUCAGAAGCCUGUAAUUAAAUGUACACUUGUACGUACACAGGUUAUGUUGAAGGCCUUAUGGUGUCAUUCAUUUUUAUUCCCUUCCCUUACCCAAAAAGGUUGAAGAUGAGCUAGAUGGAAGAACAUGGUGACUGAUGAUUUCUUUCAAGUGAGUAACAGAGGUAAAUUCCUGAAAAUGGAGGUGUUUCAGCCUAAGGAGAUCAUGGCCUCUACCCAUUAGAAAGGGAGACCACAGUAAGCAGUUAGAGUAAAAAGUCUGCAUGUUACCCACCUCUACCCACAGACAUUUAGAUAUAGAAAAUCUCCUACGACUUCUGCAUUUCUGUUGUACAAUUAACUGCAAAAUUUCCCCUGAAGGCCAUCAUGAGCUAUAACUGGAAGAUAAAAGGAGAUUAAAAAACAAUCAAAAUUCUUCCUUCUACUAAACAGAUCAGUCAUUGUCUGGCUCACCCAGUUUCUGAAUAUGUGAUGGCAUUUUGCUUGUCUCCAUGUCUCAACCGGUGGUAUAACAUGUCAUAUUAGGUAUUAUAAAUACUUACUGUAUUAAUUGGAUUUUCUGGCUGGUAAUCAGGUUCUAAAACUCUGAAAUGAUAUUACCAUGAUGACACUGAGGUUAAACGGACGUAUUAUGAAUAGAUAUGAAGGCACAUAAAUGCACAGAUUUCUCAGGGCUCUUGUUCUCUGCUUUUAUAGAAGCCUGCAUUGAGGGCUUGGACCCAAACCCUCUGAAUCAAGAAUACCAGCUAUCUGUCCAAACAGUUUUGAUUUACAUUUUAGAACAUACAGUAAGGAAGAUAUUUGGCUGCAUUCAAACAUCAUUUCAGCUAACAUGAACAGAAGUGAAACGCAGAGAAUUUGGCAAAAAUUAUGAUACAUUAAAAGCAAAUUUGAUCUUGAAUAUGUUGUGUUACACAAAACUAAAACCCACACAGUCUUCAUUGUUUUUCAGGAAGGGA